AUGAUGAGACUGGGUGAUGACAUUUGGCAGCAGUUAUCACAGCUUUCCUGCAGCUCAGAGGGAGGGAACACAUCAUCCAAAUAUGAAGACUUCAUUUCCCAAAGUGUUCUGAUCCAAUCAGGACCUCCUGCUGUCUACCAGCUGAGACCAAAGAAAGAGAACAUUGGAUCUCUAAGAAGAAUGACUCUUGGGGAAAGAAAUGUGAACAAGAUAAACAAAACCAUCUUGCUUGUGGGUGAAACAGGAACAGGAAAAUCUACUCUGGUCAACGCUCUGGUCAACUACGCCAUGGGAGUGAAGUGGGAGGAUGAUGUCUGGUUUAAGUUCGUAGAGGACGAGAAGGAGAGACUAGAACAAGAGAGUCAGACAUCAGAUGUGAUGGUGUACCAGGUCUUUGGUUUUGAAGGUGAAACUCUGCCCUACUCUCUGACCAUCAUCGAUACUCCUGGAUACGGAAGCACCAGAGGGACUGAACAUGAUGACACAGUCAGUCAGGGAUUAUUAGGCUGGUUCAGCUCUGGAGAAGUUCAUGAGAUUAAUGCAGUGGGUCUGGUGCUGAAAGCAAAUGUAUAUCACCUGAGUGACCGAAUGAGGUACGUCUUUGAUUCAGUGGCGUCUCUGUUUGGAAAAGACAUGGAGAAGAACAUUGUUGCUCUCAUCACACACUCAAAUGGUCUGACACCUGUAAAUGCUUUGAAAGCUCUUGAUGCUGCAAAAGUGAAAUGUGCCAGAAAUGAAAAGAAUCAGCCUGUUUACUUCCUGUUUGAUAACUGCCAGAACACAGAGAGAACACAGGGAAACAAGUCUGUUUUUGAGACUGCAUGGGAAACAUCAAUGAGAGGAAUGAAUGAAUUUACAUACUUUCUAGAAAAAUCUGGGCCUCAAAAUCUGAUGACAACUAUUGAAGUGUUGAAGACACGAAUCAGACUGACAGCCUGCAUCCAAAACCUGAAAGAGAGAGUUGAGUUCACUGAACAGAAACAGAGAGAAAACCAACAGACUCAGGAAGCUCUGAAGAAACAUGAAGAAGAGAUGAAGAGAAAUGAAGAAUUCACUAUAGAAGUUGAUGAGAUCUACAAAGUUAAAGAAAGAAUUGAAGGUGGAAUGCGGGGGUUGUUUUUUUAUGAAGCAGCUGUCUGCUGUACAGUCUGUGAGGAGAACUGUCACUAUCCUGGAUGCACAAAGGCCUGGAGUCCAGGAUACUGUCAGAUCAUGAAAGAUGGCCGCUGCACUUCAUGUACCAGGAAGUGUCCUGUAUCAGAUCAUGUGAAAGAAAACUGGAUCUAUGUGACCAAGACAAGGAAAGUUCAGAAGACCCUGCAAGAUGUGAAGGAGAAGUAUGAAAGAGGUAAAGCAGGCUGUGAGGAGACAACAAGCCUUUUGGAAACUUUAGAAAAGCAAAUGGAAAAACUUCAGAAAGAAAAAGAUCAGAUGUUGGAAAAGUCCUUCGAGCUUGUUGUCAGACUGGAUCAGAUCGCCCUGAAUGUUGAUUCACUGUCCACUCAAGUCCACUUGGACUUCCUGAUUGAGAACAUGAAGGAGAAAGGAGACGCAGAGAAGGUCCAGAAACUGGAGGAGAUGAAGAGUCGAGAGGAUAAAGGAGUCCCGCGAGCAAUGCGGUUCAAACUAGCAGCAGCUAAAAAUUGA